UCUCUGCUGAACUCCCAAAGGGAGUGUGUGUAUUUCCUCCCGUUCUUUAUCAGAGCCCCCGAAAUAAGUGGGAAUGGGCCGCGGCUGCUCACAUGCAGCACACCUUUUCCAUUUGCUAAGGCCCUGCCAGGCUGGGAGGGAAUUGUCUCUGCCUGACUCUGGAGAGAAGCGCCACUGAGACGAUCCACGGGCACCAUGAAACUCCUUCAAGUGACCAUCCUUUGUCUUCUUCUGCCCAGUCUUCGUAGCAGUGGAAACGACCCAGGUGUUAAACAUCCAAUCACUCCUGUAUUAACAUCAGCAACAAUUUCUCCGACAAAAACAUCUGUACCAACACCAACCACAACGUCAAAUAAUGUUACGAGAUCGACAGCUGGAACGUCUAUAGGAACAACCAGUAAGAAACUCUCAAGUACAUCUUCACAACCAACACAUUCUUUGUUAACGACAACAGUUAAAGGUGAGGGAACCACAACCAGUGGUGUCACAAAGACCGAGUUGACUGUCACAAAUGCAACAGUGACAAAGAUUCCACUUUUAAAUUCUUCUUCAACAUUACCAAGUUCCCAAAACAAGACUGAGAAUCAGAGUUCAAUCAAAACAACAGAAACACCAGUUAGCCCUCUAUAUUCAGAUGCGUCAUCUCCUCAUACCAGUACAUUAACCUCAAUCUCAGUGACACCGCCAGGAAACAACUCCCAGUUUCAAGGUACUGAGGAUGCAAAAAAUGCAAGCUCUUCUUCCGCCAGCCCCUCUUACUCCGGUAUUAUUUUGCCAGUGGUGAUUGCUUUGAUUGUAGUGACACUUUCUGCAUUCGUUCUUGUGGGUUUGUAUCGAAUGUGCUGGAAGACAGACCCAGGCACACCGGAAAAUGGAAAUGACCAACCUCAGUCCGAUAAAGAGAGUGUGAAGCUUCUCACUGUUAAGACAAUUUCUCACGAGUCUGGUGAGCACUCCGCACAAGGAAAAGCCAAGAACUGACAGCUUGAUGAACCCUCCCCACACCUGGGCAAUAAAUACGCUUAAUCUUCAGCUUCUAUGCUCCGGGGAUAGGAAGGGAGACUCAAUUUGUGGACUCAAUCCUGACUUCCAGUCCUGCUCUCCAGUCUGUGCCAGUCGCCUGUCCCAAAAAAGUGAUGUCCAGAUGACAUGCAAUAAUUUCAUAGAAUCCAAAAGAAGCCGGGGCCUCUCCUGUCAUUUGAGACGUGAAAAAGCACAUAUAAGCAUAUUCUUAGGAGAUCGAGUUUUAGGAAGGACAUUUGUGAGCAGUUAACCUGAUAUCCCAGGCAGGUGGGUUCAUGAUGACAUGACCUUCCCUUGAGUUUAAAGUUUCCAGAGCCAACGGUUCCUAUCCGUGGAGACGAUCCUAUUUUCUUGGUGUUCUUACAUUACCUGAUGUUUGUAUUUAUUGUUUUGUACUAUGUUAAUGCAGGGACAAUUUGCAAGUGUAUUAUUAAAUAUUAGGUAGAAAUCAUGCCAUGCCACUUUGUACAUAAAGAUAUUUUAUUCAUAUUUUCAUGUGUUACUUUUAAUAAAUAAUUACUAUAUUCAACUCA